UGUUUUGUUUAUGGCCUACAAAACAAAGACAUUACAGUCAUUACUGAUUACUUUAUCGAAGAUCUGCACCGCAUGUACGUUCCCUAUUCGAUACUCUGCAGCUGCAGUGUAGCAUCUAAAUAAUUUAAAUAUGUGUGUCUUAUUCUUGUAAAAUUUGCUCUGUGAACGAGAAGAGUUGACGUCAUACUGUACGUGGCCUUGGCCGGACUGGAAGACACCGAUACGUUGGUUAGUUUUCUACGCUCGGGAUCGGCGCGCUCUAGUGGAAAUCGAUAGGGAGAAUAGACGCACACUACACACGCACCCACUCCUGCCAGCUCGCGCUCCGAAUUGAAAGAGUGUUGAUUCUGCAUGAAUACGAGGCAGCGCAGUGUGAUGCGAAAACAUUCCAACAAUAGUUGGUUUUUGAUGGGAACAUGCCGUGAGAACCGCGCGCAUCGAGACGCCGUCGAAAUAAUGCCGUCAGCGCGCUAAUCACUUUAAUUGGCGCAACCUCGUGUGACCCCGCUCACGCUGAUAGAGCCCGUUGUGUGAUAAUAUUGUGGAGUAUCAAUUAUUUUUCUUAUCUUAUCAUGGCGCGUCCUGCAGCAGCCCGUGGAUUGAAACUGGUGAUCAGCAAUCCGCAGGAAUGGAACGAUCAGAACAGCUGUCGACGAACGGUGCCAACGUUGAGCCUGCCAGCAGCAGCCAACUGCGACCAAAACAACGGCCGAUCUGCUUCGCCCAAUUUAUUUGAUAAAUCUCCGCUGCAAGGUAUCGGGAUGUCGUACGAAUUCGAGGAGGGACUGUGUCCGGAGGAUACACAGUCAACGGUCAGCACCAAUUCUUGCAGUCCCAGUCUGACGCAGACAUCCGCCGAAAGAGCUCUGGCCGAAUAUGCGCUUGUGGAGGAAAUCCAUAUGGCUCAGCGUGCUCUGGAUUUAUUUUUGAAUAACCGGAUUACGGAGGCCCGCCGCCUACUGGAGCCUAACAUCGACACCAGCAUGUACGCCGCGACGGCUCACAGUGUGCUGUUAUAUUUGCAAGCGAUCAUGACCGUCAGCGCGGAGGACGCCAAAGCCGCCUCAAAAGCUCUCCGCGAUACGCAGGCCCUCUGCGCUAAACGAUGUCGGGGUCGUUUCAGCCGGUCGAAGCGGACGGAAGAACAGGUGCAUGCCGAGUUGUGCCAUGCCGAAUGCGGUUUGAUGCUUUCGGCGCUGGUGUUAUCUGAGGAUCCUGGCCUGACAGCGCUCGUUAAGUCGGGGAUACGCUUCAAGAGCUCCCAUUCCACUUAUCAGACAUGUGCAAAUAUCCUGCGGGAACGAGCCUGGCACAACCAGGAAUUACGGCGGCACUUUGAGAGUGGUGUCCGACUGGGCACUGGCUCCUUCAACCUGAUCUUCAGCUGUGUCCCUUCUAAACAUGCCAAAUAUCUCAGCAUGGUGGGCUUCAGCGGUCAAGCGAAGGUGGGUAACGCCGAGUUGAAGAGCGGCGCCGACCCCGGAGCGCUACGCGGUGCUAUGUGCGCCCUGACACUGAUUGGAUGGGAAACCUACGGAAAGAUUAUGCUCGGCAGCGGCAUCUGUGACGUGGAUUUUGCCGGGGAAGUGCUGAGUCCGCUGAUGCGGCAGUACCCUAGCGGCGCGGUGACGCUAUUCCUCGCCGGUCGGGUGGCGCAGCUGCGCGGCCAGUUUACCGAGGCCCUCGACUACUUCAAUCGGUCGAUGCGGGCGCAGAGCGAAUGGAAGCAGUAUCAGCAUCUCUGCAUGUGGGAAAGCAUGUGGUGCCAUUGUUUCACAUUAAACUAUCUACCAGCAGCAGAAUUGGCGCAUGCUUUGUACAAAGAGAACCAGUGGAGUAAAACAACCUACGCGUAUCUGACGGCCUGUUUCCUCCUGAUGCUUAAUCAGCAGGAAGCAAAACUCAACGGCGAGACAGUUACGAUUAACGAGAUGCUGAAAGAAGUCAUUGCUCGAAAGCAAAAGAUCGCGGGACACACGAUCCCUCCGGAAAAACUGGCCGAAAAGCGUUACAAACGCUACAUCGAACAGGAAAAGGAUCUUGUAUUUCCCGCCUUUGAGAUGUCGUACGUGUGGGGCGGCAUGUCUGCUCUGCACCAACGUCCGGACAUUGUCCAGGAUAUUCUGGCCAUUGUCGAUGGGAAGAUUGCGGAGAUUGGACCGGGUGGCGCGGGAGCGAAGAAAGGAAAGGGGAGCAGUCGCAUUCAUUCAGACAGCAUUUUUACCCUCAAGUUCUUCCGCGGCGUGUGUUUGGCUUAUCUCAACCGGGUGGAGGAAGCCACGGGGGUCCUCGAUGAGAUUGUUAACGCGGAGCAGCACAUCAGCGAAGACAAAUUCCUGUGUCCGUAUGCGUCGGUAGAACUGGCGCAGAUGUUCCUGCGCAUGGAUGAUCUCGAUAAGGCUCUCCGCUAUGCCAAUCGUGCGAUGGAAUUCAAAAAUUAUUUCCUCCAAGCGAAAGUGGAGCUCCGUAUCGGAGCCACCAUCGAAAUGAUAGAAGAGCGCGAAGAAAGCCUGCUGAAAUCCCCACUAGAGGAGAAAAGCAGCAGUAAUGAGUUUUACACACCGCCUUCCAGUCCGGAGCCUUGAGAACAUUAAGUCUGGCAACAGUGUUGAUGGUAAUGAUGAAGUUAAUUUCUGCGUGGUGUUUCACUUCCCUGUGAUAAAUGCAACAUUGUACAUAUUCAAAACUGAGAAUUUUCGUGGUAUUUUUGGGAAACUUAUACGAGGUGAUGUUAUUUGUGUUGCUGAUUUGUGUCUGCGGUGAACUGUUGUGCGAUGGUUGUUUUUUUUUGAAUUUCCUCAGUCUUCUCCAAAGGUCAAAGAGGUUUUUACCGUGAAAAUGUACGAGUAUAAUAGUAGAUUUUUAGUGGUUUUAGUAGUCAGGUGUUCAGGGAAUUUAUGGCGUAUUAAAACUGUAUGUAUUAAAUGCUUAUCACA